CGCGCAUAUAUGGGGUGGGGCAGCUCCCGGAGGUCUUCCCCCCUUCCGCCCAGUCGACGACGAUCACGAUGAAGUACGACGAGGAAAGACCGAAGGACGCGCAGAGCUUCAAGGGCGUGGACGAGUACUCGGAGGGGACGGAGAGCUUGGGGGACGUCGGCGAGCAGAUCGCGCAGGAGCAGGAGCACCACAUCAAGUACAGGACGUGUUCAUGGCAGAAGACGGCAGCCUUGUUGUUCUCAGAGUACAUCUGUCUUGCCAUCCUCUCCUUCCCGUGGUCGUACUCGAUCCUCGGUAUUGUACCGGGCAUCCUCGUCACCCUCGGUGUCGCGGCCACCGCGCUCUACACCUCCCUCAACCUCUGGAAGUACUGCCUCGUGCAUCCCGAGGUCCGCGACAUUGUCGACAUCGGCCAGCGCUUGUUCGGCGGCUCCCAGCUCGCGUACAACAUCUGGUCCUUGUUCUUCCUCCUCAACAACACGUUCAUUCAGGCUCUCCACGUCCUCGUCGGCGCGAAGCUGCUAAACACGCUGUCCAACUCGGCGGCGUGCACGGUCGCCUUCGCGGUCGUGAGCGCAGUGAUAUGCUUCUUCAUCUCGCUGCCGCGCACGCUGAGCCAGUUGUCGGGGAUGGCGGUAUUCUCGGCGAUUACCAUGGGCAUCGCCGUCCUCCUCGCGAUCAUCUUCGCUGGGAUCGAGGACAAGCCGUUCGGCUAUACGCCAGAGCUCGGCGAGCCGAAGGCCACCCUGUUCCCGGUCAAGGGGACGACGUUCGUGCAGGGGAUGUCUGCCUUCCUGAACAUCACCUACACGUUCGUUGGGCAGGCGACUAUCCCGUCGUUCAUCGCCGAGAUGAAGAACCCCAAGGAUUUCUGGAAGGCAAUCUGGGCGGUCACGAUCGCUGAGAUGAUCGUCUUCUCCUUGUGUGGUUCGCUGGUGUAUCAUUGGGUCGGCAACCAGUACAUCACCUCCCCCGUUGUCGGCUCCUUGACGGACACGUACAAGAAGGUCGCCUUCUCGUUCGCCAUUCCGACGAUCUACUUCUUGGGCGCGUUGUACUCGUCCGUCUCCUCCCGCUUCAUUUUCUUCCGCGUCUUCCGCAACUCGGAGCACCGGCACUCAAACACGCUCGUCGGCUGGGGCACUUGGGUCGCCAUCGUCGCCGUCUCGUGGAUCAUCGCGUUCCUCAUUGCGGAGGUCAUCCCGUUCUUCUCAGAUAUGCUCAGCUUGAUGUGCAGUCUCUUCGACGGGUGGUUUGGCUUCAUCUUCUGGGCUCUCGCGUACUUCACCCUCCACCCCGGCGCGAAGAAGUGGGACGGCCCGCUAAAGAGCAUCGAGUCGAUCAUCAACGUCGGCCUCAUUUUGAUAGGCGUGUACAUCAUCGGGGCGGGCACAUAUACAUCCGUCCAGUCGAUCAUCGACUCAUACCACGCCUCGUUAUACGGCUCUGUAUUCACUUGUGCGAGCAAUGCGGCAUAGCCAGCUCGCCGACGCGGUCUCCCCAAGCCCCUCGCUGUCCAGGCCUCUUCUGAUCGAGACGCCCAUGCAAGCCAUAUCAGCAUUGACGAGGCCAUGAAUCGCUGACUCCGCGAGAAUAACGCAGUGUAUGUAGCCCAUGACACGGUCAUCUGGACCCACCGCGACGCAGCGCAAAAGCUCAGUAUUUAUCUGACCAUAUUUAUAUACAGUAGUGGAUGGGGGAGGUGGCCUCCCAUGGCUAGGGGAGGCUUGUAAUGCAAUGUUCAGCCGCCUGUGCAACGAGGCAUAGCACGGA